UGGCGCUAUCGUCGUCUCCUUAGGAGUCUCUCUUUUCCUCAAUCGUUUCUCAAGCUUCCCCUCCUCUUCGAGGGUUUUUUUCUUUUUCCUUUUCUCUUUUUUUUCUUUUUAUUUUCCUUUUUCUUUUUAAUUUUUUUUUUCCAAUUUUAAUUUCUUUCUCUUUCCCUCCCUCUCCCUGAAACCCUAACCCUAAUUUUUUUUUCCUAAUCAUCACUGCCAACGCCAAACCGUCUUUUUGGUCUCUGUAAUUUUAUCUUUCAGUGUUAGAUGAUGCAGCAUCAGAGGCUGAAGCAACAGACCGUGAUGCAGUACCCCCAUCCUACUCUCCUAGCUGCGCCUCAGAUAGAGCCUAUCUUGAGCGGAAAUCUACCUCCUGGCUUUGACUCAAGUUCAUGCCGCAGUGUGUAUGUGGGUAAUAUCCACCCUCAGGCUACAGAACCCCUUCUUCAAGAGGUUUUCUCAAACACUGGACCCAUCGAAGGAUUUAAGUUGAUUAGGAAAGAGAAGUCAUCAUAUGGUUUUGUUGAUUACUUUGAUCGCAGAUCAGCUGCACUUGCCAUUGUGACCCUUAAUGGAAGGCAUCUGUUUGGACAACCAAUUAAAGUCAAUUGGGCUUAUGCUAGCAGUCAAAGAGAGGAUACAACAGGUCAUUUCAAUGUUUUUGUUGGUGAUCUAAGCCCUGAAGUUACAGAUGCCACAUUGUAUGCAUGCUUUUCUGUCUAUCGUAGUUGUUCGGAUGCAAGGGUUAUGUGGGACCAGAAGACCGGACGCUCAAGGGGUUUUGGAUUUGUUUCUUUCAGAAGUCAGCAGGAUGCUCAAAGUGCAAUAAAUGAUUUGAAUGGGAAGUGGCUCGGAAGCAGACAAAUUCGUUGUAACUGGGCGACAAAAGGUGCUAGUUCUAAUGAUGACAGGCAGAGUUCUGAUGCCAAGAGUGUUGUAGAUCUAACCAAUGGAACAUCAGAAGAAAGUCAAGAAAAGACUGAUGAUGUGCCGGAGAACAAUAUUCAGUAUACCACUGUUUAUGUUGGCAAUCUGGCUCCUGAGGUUACGUCUGUGGACCUUCAUCGGGUUUUCCAUGCACUUGGUGCAGGAACUAUUGAAGAUGUGCGCGUGCAACGUGAUAAAGGAUUUGGGUUUGUGAGAUACAGUGCACAUGCUGAAGCAGCUCUUGCUAUUAAGAUGGGAAAUGCUCGUAUUCUCUAUGGGAAACCAAUUAAGUGCUCUUGGGGUAGCAAGCCCACUCUACCAGGAACUAGCUCUACCCCUCUUCCCCCACCAGCUGUUGCACAUAUGCCAGGUCUUUCAGCAGCUGACCUUGCGGCCUAUGAACGGCAGAUGGCAUUGAGCAAAAUGGCUGGUGCACAAGCCAUUAUGCAUCCACAAGGUCAGCAUGCCCUUAAGCAGGCGGUGAUGGGAAUGGGUGCUGUUGGAACGAGUCAGGCAAUAUAUGAUGGCAUGUUUCAAAAUGUCGCAACAACCCAGCAGCUUAUGUAUUACCACUAGGACACUGUUGCCAAAAUCUCCGUUGAACCUUAUAGGAUUUUUAAUUUUUAUUUUUGUUUUUAAUUUUAUAUUUUAUGGUGGUUAUUCUGCCAAGUAGUUGUCCUGUAUUAUGCUACAUAUGCGCCUAGAAUGUGUAUGCAUAAUGUUUUUGUCAUUACAACCUAACAUUAAGACUUUCUUCGGGAAGGUAUGAAUUUCUUUUUUUCCCUCUCUA